AUGGCCGCCUUUGGCAGCUUGAAGACGGAAGCAGGGCUGAAGGAGCUCAACGAUCACCUGGCCAGCACCAGCUAUGUUUGCAGCGGUGCCACGGCAACACAGGAAGAUUUUGACUUCUUGGACCAGGCUCCGGGCAAUGUUGGCGCGCAAUUUCCUCAUGUGAGACGCUGGGCUCAGCACAUUCGAAACUUGAAGACAAAGUUUCCUUUCCGGAAAUGGCCUUCCGCUGCAAAAGACAAGGGCGAAGCCAAGUCAGAAAAGGGCAAGGACCAAGCAAAGCUUGAAGGUCUGCUACCAGGUGCUGAAGUUGGCAAGGUGUGUACACGCUUCCCGCCGGAGCCAAGCGGCUAUUUGCACAUUGGCCACGCGAAGGCUGCAAUGCUGAACAGCCACUACGCACGCCACUACCAGGGCAAACUCAUCGUCCGCUUCGACGACACAAACCCCAGCAAAGAGAAAAUGGAGUUUGAGGAAAGUAUGAUCAAGGACUUGGCUACACUGCAAGUUCAGCCAGACAUGGUCAGCCACACAUCUGACUACUUUGACCAACUUCAAAUAGCGAUGGAGGAUCUCAUUAAGAAAGGGAAAGCUUACGUGGACGACACCGACCAGGAAACCAUGAGGGCUGAGCGUGACAAGGGCACUGCAAGCAAGUGCAGAUCACAGCCCGUGGAAGAGAAUCUUCGACGUUUUGCUGAGAUGCUGAAAGGCUCGGAAGAAGGACUCAAGAUGUGUGUCCGUGGUAAGAUGGAUAUGCAAAGCGCAAACAAGUGUUUACGAGAUCCUGUGUUUUACCGAUGCAAGGUAGAGCUGCCCCACCACAAGCAUGGCUUCAAAUACAAGGCAUACCCAACCUAUGACUUCGCAUGUCCGAUCGUGGAUGCAUUGGAGGGCGUGACUCAUGCGCUGCGGACGAUCGAAUACAGGGAUCGUGCAGCUAUGUAUGAGUGGGUGCUGGAAGCGACCGGUUCACGAAAAGUUGACGUGGUCGAAUUUGCAAAAACUCAAUUCUCCUACACCAUCCUCUCAAAGAGGAAGCUGGCAUGGUUCGUUGACAAUGGGCAUGUAGAUGGCUGGGACGACCCACGCUUCCCGACUGUGCAAGGUGUCAUGCGGCGAGGAAUGACAGUGGAGGGUUUGCAGGAGUUUGUCCUCACCCAAGGGAUGUCGAAGGCAACCAACAUGAUGGAGUGGGACAAGAUUUGGGCCAUCAACAAGCAGAAGAUUGAUCCUGUAGUGCCGCGGUAUGCAGCUGUUGCUGAUGAUGCAGCAGUUCUUUUCUUGGACGGCCCGGCUGAGCCACAGAGUACAAUGACAAAGAAGCAUCCGAAGAAUGACGAGUUGGGAGAGCGACUUCUCCUGCAAAGCAAGGAGAUUUACAUCGACCAGGAGGAUGCAGCUGCUAUUGAAGAAGGCGAGCAAGUCACGCUGCUUCACUGGGGAAACGCCUAUGUCGAUAAUAUCACAAAAUCGAAUGGAAGAGUGACUAAACUCACUGGCAGACUUAAUGUUGAAGGUAAUGUGAAAGACACAAAGAAGAAAAUUCAUUGGGUUCCAAAGCUUGACCAACAGGUGACUCCGGCCAUUCUUCGGGAGUUUGACCAUCUGGUUACAAAACCGAAGAUGGAGGACGAUGAUGACUUGCCCAGUCUCAUCAAUCCUGCAAGCGUGAUGGAUACUCAGGCGAUUGGGGAUCCACUUCUGAAGACUUUGCCAAAGGGCUGCAAAAUACAGCUCGAACGCCGCGGUUACUACAUAGUAGAUCGACCUGCUUUCCAGCCUGGUCGUCAAAAGGUGGAACCGAUGGUACUGGUGAAAAUUCCUGAUGGCAAGGGCAAGGACAUGGGGAUGAAAUCCAAGGUAGAUCCAUCCAAGCUUCAGGGUGCAGCUGGACAGAAAGGCGAGAAGGUAAAGGCUGAUGCAGGCACCUCGCCCAAAGAGAAGAAGGUGAAUGGCAGUGUGAAUGGUGAUGUCCAAGCCAAGGAUUCAAAGGUGCAGAAGGACGAGAAACCUGGCAAGGCAAAGGCAAAGGCUGCUGCAAAGCCAGCUGAGAGGCCCUUGGAAGACUUUUCAAGGCUCAAUAUCAGAGUUGGAAAGAUUACCAAGGUGUGGCCACACGAAACAGCUGAAAAGUUGUACUGCGAAGAGAUUGACUUGGGUGAAGAAAAGCCACGGCAGAUUGCAUCUGGGCUCCGUGCGCAUCUAAAGCAGGAGGAGAUGGAGGGGCAGCUGGUAAUCGUUUUGGCGAAUCUGAAGCCGAGGAAGCUGGUGGGGUUCGAGUCUCAAGGCAUGGUAAUGUGUGCCACAAGUAGUGAAGGCAAGGUUGAGCUAAUGCAGCCACCAGCUGGAGCCAAAGUAGGUGAGCGAGUCAUGGCAGAAGGCUUGGAGAUGCUAGAACCAGACGACAAGCUCAAUGAGAAGACUGGGAAAGCUCCAUGGGAAGUGUUAAGACCUGGCUGCUUGACCAACCAGAGUAAGCAGGGAACCUACAAUGGGUCGUUGUGGAUGACAUCCGCAGGCCCGGUGACCUGCAAGAGUGUUGCUGGCGG